UAACCAACUGAGCCACCCAGGCACCCCUACUUAUUGCAAUUUAAUAUUGUCACUUAUUAAACAAGUGAUUGGAAAUUUAAAAAACCACUGGUUCUUCACCACUCUGAAAACCAUGGUCUAGGUUCUCAUACCUCCGUGUCAGAGCAUUUGAAAGGCUUGUUGAACGGAACAGAGAAGAAAUACAUAACUAUCUGUUGUCUGUGAAAAGUGUUCAUGCUGCACAUAAAUACAGUUGCUAACAAAGAUAAAUAUUUGUUUUUCUAAUUCAGUGAGGUGGUGAGAGUUUUUCUAAUAUGAGCAUUACUUUGCUUUAUUAGCCAUCAUUAUAGCUGAGCCUGGCUUGAAUUUCUUUGUGUUAUUUUUAUGUUUAUCAUAGUAUCUGGAGCUCUUGGAAGUGCUACUUUUAAAAUGACAGGGAAUGCAAGCCACUUAAUUACAUGAAAUUCAGGGACUGCAUGGUCUUCCGCUUAAACCUCUAUGUUCUCAGUUGUCACUGAGUUUUGAGUUUUCAUCCUGAACUGUGACUAUUAAAUUUGCUCCCCACCUCUCUGGACUGUGUAAGUAAAUAUUUGAGAACUAGCUAAGUUCAUAACCUUGCUUUGUUAACUCCUAAUUGCUGGGUGAUUGUAAACACCUGCCUUGAGUACUUUUGUGCUAUAGUUUUUCUACUUAAAAUGGUAGUGAUACCUGACAACUUCUGAAGUUGAAUCAAGUUCUGAGAAAUCUGCAACGAAAUCUCUAAAAAUUAUGAAAUCAAAGCAAUGCUUCACGAUGAUAGGGCAUUUUAUCAGAAUGAAUGCAGAGUAGAAAAUUGAUCCAAGAAGCUGUUUAUCAGAACUGUAAAUAUGUUCAUAAAAAUAAAGUGGUGAGAUCUGGCUGCUUGGAAACAGUGGGCAAAGUUUUCUUUUAAACAGUGUGUCCUUUAUUUCCCAGACAUUUGCUAUACCACAGUAUCUGCAAAGUAGCCAGGGCCCUAUUUAGGCCUUUUGGGAGAAUUCACAUAGAUGCUUAGUCUGGUAUUUGAAGCGCAUUAAUUAAUAUUGGAAAUCACAUAGUCUUGACUUUUUCUUGCUCAUAAUUAAACUUUUUGCAAGAAUAAUUCCAAUAUAUUUUUUAACAGGUGAAAGAGUGAGUAGAUUAUGUCAUAAUUUCAGCAUAUGCCUAUUUUUCAGAUAAGAUGAGAUAAGCAGAAAUUUAAUAUGUAUCAUAGUGGAAGUCAGACAGACCUAGGUUAAAACCUGUCUUUACUAUAUGUUUAUUUGCUGUGUUUCUGUACAAAAAUCAACAAACAUCAUUGAUAUCACCUAUCUAAUGGAGACAAAUGUAUCCAUUUUAUUGGGUUCUUGUCAUGAUUAGGGCUUAUGAAUAAUUUGUGUCUAUGUAUAAGGACCACUAUAGACACUUGUACAUGGUAGUUGUUUUUGUAUUACAAAAUACCAGUGGUUGUGUGUGUGUGUUCAGUGUGUUUGCUAGUAAACCCUUUUGACAAGUCCUGUAGUAAAUCCAUCUACAGAAAACAAAACAAAACAGAAACAAAGGCAAACUGAAAGAGCAGAAAUUGGGUGGGGCUGGUGCAGGAAGAAAGAAAUCUCCUCUACUGAGCAUUCUUCAUGGCCCUCAGGAAGUUUCCACAGCCAUCCCUGGUGCCCUCCACAGAGGCCUUGAGUUCUGUAGAGGGCAUCAUGGAAACCAUUCUACUGGACUUUCAACACCUUGCGUGCAAGAACUGAAACUCAUUUUAUUAACUGGUGGAGUGUGUGGUCUUGCAGUUCGGUAGACGGUCGGCCACAGCGUGUUAAGUGACUGAGAUCUAGGUUGGAAUUUGCCCUUGACAAACACAAAAUGAUGAGUGACGCAAGUGAUAUGUUGGCUGCGGCGUUGGAGCAGAUGGAUGGGCUUAUAGCAGGUUCUAAGGCCCUGGAAUAUUCCAAUGGAAUUUUUGAUUGCCAGUCUCCCACCUCCCCGGGAUUCAUGGGAAGCCUGCGAGCUCUGCACCUUGUGGAAGACCUGCGUGGCUUGUUGGAGGUGAUGGACACAGAUGAGAAGGAAGGUUUGAGAUGCCAGAUCCCAGAUUCAACAGCGGAAACACUCGUCAAAUGGCUUCAGAGUCAAAUGACAAAUGGACACCUGCCCGGAAAUGGAGAGGUGUAUCAAGAAAGGCUAGCACGUUUAGAGAAUGAUAAAGAAUCUCUCGUUCUUCAGGUAAGUGUGUUAACAGACCAGGUGGAUGCUCAGGGGGAGAAGAUUCGAGAUUUGGAAUUUUGUCUUGAAGAGCACCGGGAGAAGCUGAAUGCCACAGAGGAAAUGCUGCAGCAGGAGCUUCUGAGUAGGACAUCCCUAGAAACUCAGAAGUUGGAUCUGAUGGCUGAAAUAUCUAACUUGAAGCUUAAACUGACCGCUGUGGAGAAGGAUAGAUUGGAUUAUGAAGAUAGGUUCAGAGACACGGAGGGGCUAAUGCAAGAGAUCAAUGAUUUGAGGUUAAGAGUCAGUGAAAUGGACAAUGAAAGACUUCAGUAUGAAAAAAAGCUGAAAUCAACCAAGUCUUUAAUGGCCAAACUUUCUAGCAUGAAAAUCAAGGUGGGUCAGAUGCAGUAUGAAAAGCAGCGGAUGGAACAAAAAUGGGAGUCACUGAAGGACGAACUGGCAUCUUUAAAAGAACAGCUGGAAGAGAAGGAAUCUGAAGUAAAAAGGCUACAGGAAAAACUGGUGUGCAAGAUGAAAGGAGAAGGGGUGGAAAUUCUCGAUCGAGAUGAAAAUUUUAAAAAGAAGCUCAAAGACAAAAAUAUUGAAGUGCAAAAAAUGAAAAAGGCUAUGGAAUCUUUGAUGGCAGCAAAUGAAGAAAAGGAUCGGAAAAUAGAAGAUCUUCGACAGUGCCUGAACAGGUACAAGAAAAUGCAAGAUACAGUGAUACUGACCCAAGGUAAAAAAGACCAAGAUGGCGACUUUGACAGUCUGCUCACUUCUGGUUCCGUCUCCACUUUGCUGGAUGCGCAGGGUUUUAGUGACCUGGAGAAAAGUGUAUCAUCUACACCAGUCACGGGAUCUCCCAGUCGUGACCCAUUUAACACAAGUGUUCCAGAAGAGUUCCACACCAGCAUCUUGCAAGUUUCAAUCCCUUCAUUACUGCCAACAUCUAAGGGCUUGGAAACGUCUGAAAGCGCAAAAUUGCCUCCUCAACCAGAGACUUCAUUCGAAGAAAGUGAUGGAAAAAUAAUCCUUGGUGCUUCUGUUGAAACCCAGCCAUGCGAUAGUCUUUCAACUUCAAGUCUGCAAAAGUCCAGCAGCCUGGGCAAUCUGAAGAAAGAGUCAUCAGAUGGGGAAAAGGAGUCUGUUCAGAAGCCUCCAGAGGAUAAAGCUCCUGUAGAAAGCAGCCCAUUCAGGGGCCUCCCUCCGAAAGCUCCGGGGCGUGAUGCAUCCGUGGACGACAACCCCUUUGGCACUCGGAAAGCCAGAUCAUCCUUUGGGCGUGGCUUUUUUAAAAUAAAAAGUAACAAGAGGACAGCAAGUGCACCAAACUUGGAUCGUAAACGAAGUGCCAGUGCACCCACCCUAGCUGAAACAGAGAAGGAGACAGCUGAGCACCUAGAUCUGGCUGGUAGAUCUUCCCAGCCGAAAAAUUCGCAGGGAGGCAGUCCCUUCCAGAUAUCUCCACCAUCACCGGAUUCCAAAAAGAAAUCCAGAGGUAUCAUGAAACUCUUUGGAAAACUUAGGAGAAGUCAGUCAACUACAUUCAACCCAGAUGACCUGUCUGAGCCUGAAUUUAAAAGAGGAGGGACAAGGGCAACUGCAGGGCCACGACUGGGUUGGUCUCGAGAUUUGGGACAAUCUAACAGCGACUUGGAUAUGCCAUUUGCCAAAUGGACCAAGGAGCAGGUUUGCGAUUGGCUUGUGGAGCAGGGCUUGGGGUCCUACGUGAAUUCAGGCAAGCACUGGAUUGCAUCUGGCCAAACACUUCUGCAGGCUUCUCAGCAAGAUCUGGAGAAGGAACUUGGGAUUAAGCAUUCACUUCAUCGAAAGAAGCUCCAGCUGGCACUGCAAGCCGUGGGGUCUGAAGAAGAAACCAACCAUGGAAAGCUGGAUUUCAACUGGGUUACUAGGUGGUUGGAUGACAUUGGUCUCCCCCAGUACAAGACCCAGUUUGACGAAGGACGGGUAGAUGGUCGAAUGCUCCAUUACAUGACUAUUGAUGACUUACUGUCUUUGAAGGUCGUGAGUGUGCUACAUCAUCUCAGUAUCAAAAGGGCUAUCCAGGUCCUGAGGAUCAAUAACUUUGAACCGAACUGUCUGCGGAGGCGGCCGUCUGACGAGAACAGCGUCACCCCGUCCGAAGUUCAGCAGUGGACCAAUCACCGGGUGAUGGAGUGGCUGCGCUCCGUGGACUUGGCAGAAUAUGCCCCCAAUCUCAGAGGCAGUGGUGUCCAUGGUGGGCUCAUGGUUCUAGAACCUCGUUUUAAUGUAGAAACAAUGGCUCAGCUAUUGAACAUCCCACCAAGUAAGACCCUCUUGCGAAGACAUUUGGCUACUCAUUUCAACCUUCUGAUCGGGGCCGAGGCCCAGCACCAAAAGCGUGAUGCCAUGGAGUUACCAGAUUAUGUACUCCUGACAGCCACGGCCAAAGUGAAGCCAAGGAAACUUACCUUCGGCAAUUUUGGGAAUCUGAGGAGGAAGAGACAGGAAGAUGGGGAAGAAUAUAUUUGUCCUAUGGAACUGGGACAUCCAUCAGGAAGUACCUCUAAGAAGGGAUUUAAACCUGGAUUGGACAUGCGUCUGUAUGACGAAGAUGAUUUGGACCGGUUGGAGCAGAUGGAGGAUUCAGAAGGUACGGUGAGACAGAUAGGGGCGUUCUCCGAAGGCAUCAACAAUCUAACACACAUGUUAAAGGAGGACGACAUGUUUCGGGAUUUUGCGGCCCGUUCCCCCAGUGCCAGCAUCACUGACGAGGACUCCAAUGUUUAAUCUGAGCACUUGGACGAGCAUGAGGAGCCCCUUGGCUUUCCUCCACCUGAUUUUUCAAACAACUCAAAGAAUCUAGAACAAGCAACAGAUUAUAUACAUUUGAUCAUUCCACCUUCUCGGAAAUGGACACGGACGGCUGGGUUGCGGGGGACAGCGUGUGCCUAUUCCGAAGACGCCAUGAAAAAUGAGACACUGGUUAAUGAGAGUGUAGUGGUCUGUCCUCUAUUUAAUGUAAAAAUCUGUGAUAUAUUUAAAGUAUUGCAUUUAAUGAGUGUUUUACUGUAGCGUUUCACGUUCCCAUUCAACAGUACGCAGGAUUUGGGGAUCAGGAAGCAGCGCGUGGAUGAUCUCGUCACGUCAGUGUGACAGCACUGUAGCUGUCAGCAUAGGACAUUACAUGUUUUCAAAAUCCGUAUGUGGAAUUUCCUCAAGUGUUCCACGUGCCUGCUAAAUGCCAGCGGCCACCUCCACUUGCCACCUCUUGUCCUAUUUUAUAUAUUUUUCUAAAUACGUGUAUAUAUUUAGUACAUAGAAAAUAGAACUUUUAUUUUGUGACAUACAGGAGAUGAUGAAAAGCAAAUGCAGUGCUCCAAACAGUCAUAUACCAACUGGUCCUCGAAAGGUUGGGAUGAUCUCUCCUUCUCCACAACUGAAUUUUAAUGAUAUUAAAAACGAUGUUAAUAUUGAUCAUCCCAACUAAAUUAGGGUAUACGAAAUACCCCUUCUCUGAUGACACAUCACCCAGUUAAUUGUUGAAGAGUUGAAAGUUUCAGCCUUCAUCUUGGAUCCUUUAGCCUCAAAAGGAAGAACACCAGGGACAUUU